AUCACGUCCAACUUCCGCCCCACAGCCAUUUUGUGAGUGUUCUCUGUUGCUAUCGACAGCCCUACAACAAACCGACGAAAACGCAAUUCUGAACCCAACUAACACGAUUGUACACACAUUUAUUUUUACAAAUUUACUCACACAAUUGUCAAAAAGGAUCGGCCGCAUCGCGUGGUUGCGCCAAUAGCUCGUCAAUCAUGUCUGAGGAGCAGACUUUGGGCGAAGACCCGAUGAUGAUGAUGACGAUGGAGGAAGAUGAUGAAGGAGCUUUUGGCGAAGAGCAGGGUGUCGCUAGGGCAGAUGACGGAGGCCAGGGAGAGACAGAGGGGUCUAAGAUAGACGCAAGUAAAAAUGAGGAAGAUGAAGGGAAAAUGUUUGUUGGAGGGUUGAGUUGGGACACAACUAAGAAAGACUUGAAAGAUUAUUUCUCCAAGUUUGGGGAAGUGGUCGACUGCACCUUAAAAUUGGAUCCUUUGACAGGCCGAUCCAGAGGAUUUGGCUUUGUUCUGUUUAAAGAGGCAGAAAGUGUGGAAAAGGUGAUCACGCUAAAGGAACACAAACUCAAUGGAAAAGUGAUAGACCCUAAGAAGGCAAAAGCCAUGAAGUCCAAAGAGCCUGUGAAGAAGAUCUUUGUAGGAGGACUUUCCCCAGAUACUCCAGAGGAGAAGAUCAGAGAGUACUUUGAUGCUUUUGGAGAGGUGGAAUCCAUUGAGCUGCCAAUGGAGAAUAAGACAAAUAAACGGCGAGGUUUCUGUUUCAUAACGUUCAAAGAGGAGGAAACAGUAAAGAAAGUUAUGGAGAAGAAGUACCAUAACAUCGGUUUAAGCAAGUGUGAGAUCAAGGUGGCCAUGUCAAAAGAGCAGUACCAGCAACAACAGCAAUGGGGUGGAAGAGGAGGUUACACAUUUAGAUCUAGAGGGAGAGGCGGUCCAAAUCAGAAUUGGAACCAAGGAUAUGGAAAUUACUGGAAUCAAGGUUAUGGAAAUUACGGAAAUUAUGGCUACAACAAUCAAGGCUAUGGUGGAUACGGGGGCUAUGAUUACUCGGGUUACAACAACUACUACGGCUAUGGUGACUACAGCAAUCAGCAGAGCAGUUACGGCAAAUCCCCAAGGCGAGGUGGCCACCAAAACAGUUACAAGCCAUAUUAACUUAAAAGUUCACCAGAAACAUAAAGGUAUGUCGUAGUGCCGCUUAAUGUGAGCCAUUAUUUUUUUGUUAUAAACAGUUUAUAAAGUACCAUUUGAUCUUUUGUAAUCAACAUUGCUUAAUUUUUUUUCUUUAAAGUUUCACAGCACCCUGAAGUGCUUUACAGUAGUGGUAACAUAGAGACUUUGGUCUUUUGGCAGUAAUGUAACAGCUGGCUUUCGGCUGUUUCUUGCCAUUAUGUAACUGUAAAAUUUAACAGGUACAGUACUGCUUAAUGGGUACCAGAAAAAAAUGGAUUUACAAGGAAAGAAAACAGAAGAAUGUUGUCUCCUCUAACUCUGACAUAUACCUUGUUUGUACCUGCCAGCGGGGACUUCUUGCAGGCCAUGAGCUGACUUCCCGAUUCUCAGGCCCGCUCAAUGCGGACAGGGUACGAGAGGCGUACGCUCUCGAAUGCUCCCAUUUGGUAUGGUCUUCCAACAUCCUGUAUACGAAUUGUAAAAAACAACUACAGCAACAAAAACAUAAAAAGGGAUACGUCAAGCUUUAAUCUUCAAUUUUUUUAAUGUUCCUUGUAAAACAUAUCGGGAUUGUUUUUUUUUGUGUAAUAUUAUAAUAUAAUGUAAUGCCAUUUUUUACAGGCGCCAUCAAGUAAUGGUAAAAUAUGUCGAGAGCCGGAAAAAUAAAAUUAACUGUUCACUUUUUGAAGGACGUACGGCUUUCUCUGGACUUUCUCCAGUGUUAAUAUGCACUUCUAAUCUUACCUGUAAUUGCUUGCUUUUCCUUAUUUGUAGCUCGUGUAGCUGUAAUAUCCUGUAGUCCAUGAGCUAAAAGCUCCGGUUUGUACUUGGAUGCCGCUGCGCUGGAGAAGUGCUUUUUUUACAUUUGUAUUGUGUGAUUUUCUGCUGACAGCGGUGGAAAAAGCAUCACCUGUAAACAAUGUUAAUUUCAUCUAACAAAUCCUCUUUUUUAACCUUUUGAAAUCUUGCAAGGGACAUAUUGUCUGUGGGAACUUUGCUUGUAAUGCUUUCCUUUUCUGUUCGAUUGAAGAUUUUGCAUUCAGUGUUAUGAACUCAAUUUUUACAAUUAUUCUGCUGGUUGCACAAAGUUGUUUAGCUAAUGGACUUUAAUUAAUUGCAUAUUAUUGUAUUUUCUAUUAUUCUAUUUUUUUGUCUUCAUAUUGAAAUAAUUAAGAAUUGGGAUUCCAUUACAUUUUAUAUAGUUUUGUCUUUGUCAAGCAUUAUUAAUAUUUUGUUUUUUGUUUUUCAGAGUGUAAGAUGCAUUAAAGGUCAAGAUUGAAAGGAGAGUGAGCAAGACAUCGAGACAUGUUGGUCAACACGUUACUACAUUUAUUAUUGCAUGUGUCAUAAGCAUUAGGUCACCAAUUAUUUCACCAGUUUUGCAAUUAUGAGAAAUUACAUUGAAGUGUUGGAUUAUGAAACUUAUCUUAAGUUUUGUUGUUGUAUUUAUUUUUUGCCCUUUGUUAAUCUAGAGAUUGUGGUAGCUUAUCUCAUCCUAAUUGAGUACAAUGAUUAAUAGAAACCACAAAUCAUUUAGAGUUUUUUUGUAUACAGAUCUUUUAAUUUAUUGCAUACAGAGAGAGUGUACAGAGUGUAGGCCAUUUAAUAUUCAUUUCAUAUUGCAGUAUUUUGCUACAGAGUUAUGUAAACCAUUGAAUGAGACAAUAGAUAAUAUAGUGUACAAGGUUGAAGCCAGUCAAAUUUUUCAGAUAUUAAAGGACUAGUUUAACCCAAA